AUGAAUGUAGCGGAACGAGGUCGGCCUUAUCCCCACACUUUCUCUAAUGCUUGGACUGGGAAGAUAUCGGCUCAAGGCAGCAACCGCCAGGCUUGCCGAAGGGUCCCCUUCAUCAACGGCCGAGAAGGAAACAUUAACUUACGACUCCGAAAUCGAUCUACGAGGCGGACUGCCCUUCUUACUUGGUUUGAGUUGUAUUAUGGCCUAUUAACGAUACUCAGGCAGAAGGAAAAAGAAAGGGGUUUACAGUCGGAACCACAUAAAACAAAGCUUAACCUUAGGGGCCCUAUGAAACGUACGGGCGAACCGAAGCUCAAGCCCGCACUACACCAGUCCCAUUCAGCUACGCAACAAGCCAAAGCACGCCUAGCGCGCUCUGCAACCUCACACGCAGGACCUCAGAGAAGCGCCACGAGCGGAAGGGGGAGGUUACUAACCAACUGGAGCAACUAG